UUUGAAAAGUUUUGAACACUCCAAAAUAUAUUUGUCACCUUGUUUUUCAUUCUCCCUCUUCUUUUCUUGUUCACCACAUCAUAUUUCUUUCCAUACGCAACAAAAAACUUCUCUCCCAACCUCAACUAAUCAAAUUAUCCAAAACCAAACCCAAUAAAAAAAAAUCCCAAAUAAAUAAAUAAACAAAAAACUUGCAUAUAGAGAGAGAAUGGCCACCACCUCCUUUCUCUCUCUAAAACCACUCUCCUCACCGCCUCUCACCUUCCCCUCCACCCACCACCACCACCACCACCUCAUCAAAUUCCCCAAAAUACCCCUCUCAUCUUUCAAUUAUGACAACAACACCCCAGAGUGCCCGGUCCCACCGGAGCAGCAGCCAAUCAACGAGUUCCACUCUCUCUCCAACUCCUUCCCUUUCUCGUGGGCGUCAAGCGACGUCGUCGAGUACUCCUCCCGGCUGCUGGCGGUGGGCGCCUGCUUCGCGGUCUUCGUGGGCCUGCCCAUUUCCUGGUUCGGAUCCAUCGGGCCCAAAUCCGAGCCCGUUAAGCUCAUCAUGGGCUGCGUUGCAAGCGGGCUUUUUGUUGUGAUCGUUGCUGUGGUUAGGAUGUAUUUGGGCUGGGCCUAUGUCGGCAACAGGCUGCUCAGUGCUACUGUUGAAUAUGAGGAGACAGGAUGGUAUGAUGGCCAGAUAUGGGUGAAAACUGCUGAAGUUUUGGCUCGUGAUCGCCUCCUUGGCUCAUUUUCUGUGAAACCAGUACUUGGUAGAUUGAAAAACACACUUAUUUUUCUUGGAAUAUCAUUGCUAAUGUGUAUAGUUCCCUUUGUUAAUUCGGACGGCCAAAAACGCGGUGUCAUUCCGCCAGCGGAGCCGGGAGGACGAGCCGUUCCCGGGGUUUACAACGAUGAGUCCGCCAGAAACUUCGAGCCCGAGGCAUUCUGUGGCGGCGAAGCUGUGGACCCUUAGAUUCAUAUUUCUCGAUAAAUUUUAGUCUCGUUUUUCAUUUUGUCAUUGCACAUUAUUUAGAUGGUACUAAUAUUGUACCGUAUGUGUGAUGGGCAUCGAUGAAAUAAAAUACGAGAUUAAAACUGGAGAAUCCAGCUGCUGCUUUUGUGUGUAUACUGUAUAGUUUUGAAAUUUUAUGAGAAGAAUGUUGUAGCAAGAUAUACCUAUUGUCUCUGUCAAAUAAAUUGUGAUAGCGUACAUUAAUAUGCACAAUAAGAAAUUUGUUGUAUAUUAA